UAGAAAAAAUCAAAAUAAGUGAAUCAUCUUUCUUCAUCUCUCUCAAGAACAGGUAAACACAACCUCUCUCAUCCGCUCCUUCCUUUUCUCCUAUCUUCUCUGUAUUAUUUUCCUUUUAAUAAACUCUCCUUCUCUUCUCUUCUUUUCCAUUUCUUUUUAUUUUACAAAGAAAGCGGAGGAAAAUUUUCUGAAUUUUUCUUCGCUUUUAGUACCAAUCUUUGGUUUUAUUACAAGAUUCUGAUUUUCGACGAGCUUGAUCGAUCUAAAUUCUCAAGAUCUAUGGCGGAAGAGCAUCGAUGUCAGACGCCGGAAGGCCACCGUCUCUGUGCUAACAACUGCGGCUUCCUCGGCAGCUCCGCCACCAUGAAUCUCUGCUCCAAUUGCUACGGCGAUCUCUGUCUUAAGCAACAGCAACAAGCUUCCAUAAAAACCACCGUCGAAUCCUCUCUCUCCGCCGUAUCUCCUCCGUCGACGGAGAUCGCUUCCGUCUCUUCUCCGGUGAUCUCGCCUCUCGUUCAGAACCCAUCAGCUGAACUGGAGGUGACGACGAAAAACGUUCCGGCGACGUUGACUCCGCCGCCGUCGCAGACGACGACGGAGGACAAGCAGCUGAAACGACCGAAUCGCUGCACGACGUGCAGGAAACGGGUCGGGUUAACCGGGUUUAAGUGCCGGUGCGGGACGACUUUCUGCGGUGUCCACAGGUACCCGGAGGUCCACGGAUGCACCUUUGACUUCAAAUCGGCUGGUCGUGAAGAGAUCGCGAAGGCGAACCCGUUGGUCAAAGCGGCGAAGCUUCAGAAGAUUUGAUCUGGGCCGUUCGAUGCGUUGACUUUUCUGUCUUCAUGUAAACGCGUCCGUCUCGGAGUAAUCAGGAUGGUGUGAGAUUGGUCUCAGCCGUUCAUCAUGGGUCAUUAUGUAAAAGAUAUGUAUUAUCAAUGGACACGUGUCACGUGACGCUUCCAUCUUCCCAAUUAAUUUUCUUUUCCCUAUAAAGAAAUAAGAUUAUUCGCGUUGGCUUUU